UAAAGUAUAAUAUAAAGCCCGGCUUAGAGAUAACGAACUGAGAAGCUUGUGAGUCCAAUUGGUCAUCUGAUUGCGAUUGUGCCCCGAAAAUGGGUGAACCUAUAGUGCGAGCUGCAUUGUCGGCGAUUUUGGGAAUCCUCGUGAUCACGGGUUGCAAAUCCGAACCAAGGUUCAAGUACGAGAUCAAGGAGUUCCAGGUGCCGCUGGAUCACUUCAGUUUCCUGAUCAACGCCACCUUCAACAUCCGGUAUUUGUACAACGACUCGUUCGUGGACAAGAGCAAUGCCCGCACUCCGAUCUUUUUUUACACGGGCAACGAGGGGGACAUCGAACUGUUUGCCCAGAACACCGGAUUCCUGUGGGAGCAGGCGGCGAAGCAGAAGGCGCUGGUCAUUUUCGCGGAGCAUCGGUACUAUGGCAAGUCGCUGCCCUACGGGAGUUCCACCUUCAACGCCAGCAUGCCGGAGCACUUGGCCCAGUUUACGGUGGAACAGGCCCUGGAGGAUUACGCCAUGUUGAUCACUUUCCUAAUGGGCGAUCGCCAGAUGCCCGUGGUGGCGUUCGGGGGAUCCUACGGCGGAAUGCUGGCCGCCUGGUUCCGGAUGAAGUAUCCGCAUUUGGUCACCGGCGCCCUGGCCGCUUCGGCACCCAUUCUCCAGUUUCCCGGCAUAACCGAUUGCGACAUCUUCUAUCGGAUUGUGACGUCGGUGUUCGAGAAUGCCUACAACGCCAACUGUACAGUGAACAUUGGCAAGUCGUGGAAACUCUUUGAGAUGCUGGGCGGUAGUGAUGCGGGCAAAAAGCAGAUAUCCGAUGCCUUUCACCUGUGCAGUCCGCUCAAGAGCGAUGCGGAUGUGAAGAAGUUCCUCGACUACAUCGAUGAAGUCUACAGCAAUUUGGCCAUGGUGAACUAUCCGUACAGCAGCAGUUUCCUGGCUCCAUUGCCGGCUUAUCCGGUGAGGCAGGUGUGCUACUACCUGAAGGACUUGCAUGCCGGCGACGGAGAUCUACUGCAUGCCAUGUCCAGUGCGUUGGCGGUCUAUACCAAUUACACUGGGUCCGCCAAGUGCCUGGAUAUAACCGUCAACUCGAACGCCGAUGAUGCGGGCUGGAAUGUCCAGUCCUGCAACCAAAUGGUGAUGCCUUUCUGCUCCAACGGCACCGAAACCAUGUUCCGCCCAUCCAGCUGGAACUUCAAGGAGUACGCCGAGAAGUGCUACAAGGACUAUCGCCUCACGCCCAAGCCAUAUGACAUUAUUUUACGGUACGGCGGCAGGAACUUGGAGGCUGUCAGCAACAUCAUCUUCAGCAAUGGCCUGCUGGAUCCCUGGAGUGGCGGCGGUGUGCUGCAGGCCCCCAAUGACAAGGUCUUCGUCAUCAUCCUGCCGGAGGGAGCCCAUCACCUGGAUCUGCGGCACAGCGAUCCUGCGGAUCCGCCUUCAGUGCGCGAUGCCCGCGAGAAGGAGGCGGAAAUCAUAGCACGAUGGAUCCAAGAGUUCUGAGAUCGAAAUGCAUCUAUUUAAUGCAUCUAUUUAAAAGCCGAAGUAAACAAAUUACGAAACGAAAUUAAGAGUACAUAUUUUUAAUCUAAUGAACAAUCUAUUAAAUAGUUGCACGAUCUAUUUUGUAACACUUUGAAAAAUUAUAAUCAAUAAAUACUUUUUUAAUCUAAA